AUGAAGGCAACCUUACUGAAUCCACUAGCGCACCGCAAGCAGUGUUGGCUGCCUCCCAGAGAGGCGGGCGCCCGUCUGGAGCCAUCGUCGCUGUGGCGGAGCCUGCGACCGCUGAUCGUGGUGUCCACAGCGCUGGGGGUGGCGCCCCACCGCCCCCGCUGUUGCUGCCUCCGCGGCGCCGCCUCCCGAGCCUACAGCCUCGCCAUCGCGCUGGCUGUCCUGUGCUUCUGCUCCAUGGACGCCGCCUUCGUCGCCGGCGCCGAAGUCGAGCAGAAGCUCGCUGCCGCCUCUGCCUCCGGGUUCAUCACCAUCAUCACCAUAACAGUCACUGCUGCCCUGUCGAUUCUCUCCUCACUGGCCGGAAACGGCGACAGGUUCCUCUCCCUCGUGUCCGAGAUCGAGCGCGUCGACGUUUUGUUCCACAAACGCGCCUCGCGAGCAAACAGUAGAACCUUUCUGUGCCUGUUGCUGCUAGCAGCAACGUUACUAACGUACUACAGUAUGUUUAUCGCUUUUCAAGUGAUUUCUUUAAACAGUUUCGCCUUUGUAAUGGUGUACGUCGCUAACUGUUUGACAGUUUUCAUCGUUUUCCAGUUCACAACUCUCGUGGCAGUACUAGGACACAGAUUUUCCUUACUCAACGACACCAUCCUCCGCAUGUCGGACAACAUUUCUGUCAUGCAGUGGAAUGAACUCGGCCAGCUGACAAACAAUCGUCGACCGAUGUUGCCAAGUAGACGUACUCACCCUGCGAAGAGCUUUCCGGAAGAAUCUAUAACUUUAAUGUCCAUUCCGAUCCUGGUAGAUGUUCGGCUCGCCUACAUGCGACUGUCCAAAGUGGCCGCGGCCGUCAACAGGAUGUACGGGAUCCCGAUGGUAGCCAGUGCGCUCCAGACGCUGACCGUCUCGUACCACGUCAUAUUUCACAUUCUCGGGGCUGCCUUACACCGGGAGAAGGCGGACCUGUUUGAAACGCUGACCAACACCAGCUACGUGGUUGUGACGCUGGCCAGCUUCGUCUGCAUGGCGGCCGCCUGCCACACGGCCGCUGCGCAGGCUAGCAGGACGGCGACCAUCUCAGACGAACGCUGCCUCACGAAUUCCGCAGGCCCCGAGGUGUGUCGGCAGCUUCGGCAGCUGUCCCGGCAGGCGCGCCACCGUCCCGUCUCCUUCAGCGCCUGCCGCCUGUUCACCGUGGACGCCCACCUGCUGACCGCCAUGGCUGCCACCAUUGCCAGCUAUACCAUCAUCCUGCUGCAGUUCGUCUCCUAG